CUCUGAGGGUGUGUGCUUGCAAUAGAGUGGGUGUGGUAUCUGCAGAACGGGUGUAUUCUGUAUCAGCCCCCCCCAACCCUUCACCAUCCUCCUUUUUUUUUUCCCUGCAUGCAUCUUGCAUUAGCCAUCCUUGGCGAAAGGGACUGCAGAGCCAGUAGUGAACAUUCUGGAACGUGGUUGGGAUGCAUGGGCUGUCCUUCCUGCUCAGGGCAGGAAUGAGGGCUUUUUUAAACUGGGGAAGGGAAGGGGGGAAAAAACCCAAAACAAAACAGAAUUUCACAGCAUCAGAGCCUUCUGCUCCUCCCCAACCCUUCCAAAAAGCCUUUCAUUCUCUAAAUGCAUCUCACUCCCCCCCUCCCACCUUUUUACACAACGACAUCUUCACACACCUGCAGACGGGACUGCAGAGUUUCACACAGUAACGUUGGGAUGGUGUGUGUCUGUGAGAGAGAGCGAUAGCGCGCUUGGAUAAGCUGAGAGACCAAGAUAAUUAAAUUUAACUCCUCCUGGUUCCCACUCCUGCAUUGACAAACAAGGGAUGUUUUGAUUGUGGUUUCUAGCCUUGUUGGAAGUGGAGGGAGGUGCUGAAUGGAGACAAAACUGAGAUGGAAGCAAACUAUUCUUGUGCCCUCUGGCACCUGUUUCCAAGCAAUGACCUCAAAGGCCAAGAAGCGGGUGGUACUCCCCACACGCCCUGAGCCCCCCAACACAGAACAGAUUCUUGAAGAUGUCCAGCGUGCCCAGCCCAACGACCCCGUUUUUGUCCUCCUGGUGGAGCCCAAUGAAGAUUUGCCCACCCCAACGAAGAAUGAAGAUCCAGAGGCCAAGAGGGAACGCCUCUACCGGCUGACCCAGUCCUACGUGGAGAUGAAUCACCGGCUCCAGAAGGCCUGCAGUUUGCUCAAGGAGAAGUGCGAGGAGCUGAAACUGGCCGGAGCAACCCUGGAGCAGGGCAUUUUAGAGAUGAAGCAGAGAGCUUUGUGAGAUACUUUUUUGGGGGGAAAGUGACCACAGUCGAGUUCGACCCGCGUUCCCCCCUCACCCCCCCCUUUACAGGAUCCAUGCCAUGCUUGAAAAAACUAAAGACUCGCCAUUGUGAUGUGAUUUCAGCAUGCCUACGCUACACAUCUUCAACACCGUCUGUGAUUUUAGGUUCCGUGAAUUGUGUGUCCAAGCCAGCCGCCCCACUACAAGCCUCUUGAGGGCCUGGAUCUCUUCGCUGUGCUCACGCUGAGAUGCCCAGUUGUGCAGUUAGCGUUGUUUCUAUUGUUUUGGCCCUAGAUUCACUGUUGCUCUUAGUUCUCCGCAGCUCCAUUGGCCCUCGUUUUGUUUCCUUCACACAGACGUUCAGAACGAAACACCUCUCUUUGGGGAAAGCCAAGGGGAAGUUUCCGCAGAGUUCACACACACAGAUAGGCUGGGACAAGUGGGCUUUGUGGGAAGGGUGCGGGGUGGGGUGAGAAAAUCACCCCUUGCCCUAGGGGUAGUUCCCCCAUACUUUUUACGCCAUGACAUCUUCGUUCCAAUACGAUUUCUCUCUCUGGUACUGCCUGGAAGACGACGCCAUUGCCACCGCUAUCCGCGAGAUGCUGGUUGCCUAUGGUUUCCAUGGCUACGUUGAACAUCAGGACCACGUGGCCGGGAAGCCGGUGUUGGCCUCCGUGAACGAGAUCAUCCAAAGCAGCCGACUGGCCAUCGUCCUCUUGACCCCCCAUUCAAUGACUGACCCUUGGUGCCAGCACAUUUUGGAAUGGAACCUGGUCCAUACCGUACACCAGAAGGGGGCGAAGGUCAUCCCGGUUUAUGUGGACGUCUCUCCGGAACAAAUGCCUCCCACUUUGAGACACCUGACCGGACUCAAAUACCGCGAGAGAUUCUUUAAGAAGCGGCUGCUCGACAGCUUGAAGAAGACCAGAGCAUCAUACUGUCCCAGCACCACAGGCUAAAAGCACCAUUGGCUUCUGAUGGACUUGAGAAGUAGACUUGGGGAGGGGGUGGUCGGGUGGGAGGGGAGAUGGCCGAGGCAGCUUGGUCAUUCCAUUUGGACCAUCACCAGAAGUGUAUCCGAUUCAUUUUGGUGUUUGACAUAGGCCCCAUUGUGUCGUGGGUGAUAACCGUAACAAUGGAACCCCAUAGUUGUAGUAGUAGUAGCACCUAGAGCUGAUCUGUAAGAAGGCCUUUAAAAACAAACCUUUAGCUGUUUGGGAAGAGAGGCAGGGAAGGGGAGGGGGAUCGUGUCCGUCUGCUACUAAGGGGUGAGGGUCGGUAUAGAAAGCCAAGCCAGGUUCCUAAGACUGCUGGUUGUGAUACUUGACUUAAUUUAAGGAGCUCUUAUUAAAAAGCAGUUUUUGGACAA